GGCUCUCAGCAGAGAGAGGGAAGCCACCUGCAAGUACGGACCCUGGCACUGGCAACCAGCUGCGGCGCCGCCUUGAGCAUCCUCUGUUGCUCGCGCAGCAAAGCCAACUGCAAAAGGCAAGCUAAUAAACGCAAGGCCAGGACCCCCGCAGCUCUCCCCGAGCCCCUCGCCCUAUCCGCGGACGCUAGUGCAGGGCUAGCAAGGAGCUGACUGAGCCGCCGUAGGUGAGGGGCAGCGUACCCGCCGGCCCAGAUCUGCGCGACCCACAAGGAUGCCACCCGCCGCCGCCGCCACUGCCGCUGCAGCCCCAUCCCCAGCACCGUGACCGCUCCGCGCGCCGCGGUUACAGACUUUGGUCUUGUACUUGUCUCCCAAAACUAACUUCAGCAUGCUCAAAAGGAAGCAAAGCUCCAGGGUGGAAGCCCAGCCAGUUACUGACUUUGGUCCUGAUGAAUCUCUGUCAGACAAUGCUGACAUACUCUGGAUUAAUAAGCCAUGGGUGCACUCGUUGCUCCGCAUCUGUGCUAUCAUCAGUGUCAUCUCUGUGUGCAUGAACACACCCAUGACCUUCGAGCACUAUCCUCCUCUUCAGUAUGUGACCUUCACCUUGGACACUUUACUGAUGUUUCUCUAUACUGCAGAGAUGAUAGCGAAAAUGCACAUCCGGGGUAUUGUCAAGGGUGAUAGCUCCUAUGUGAAGGAUCGCUGGUGUGUUUUCGAUGGAUUCAUGGUUUUUUGCCUCUGGGUUUCCCUUGUGCUACAGGUAUUUGAAAUUGCUGAUAUAGUUGAUCAGAUGUCACCAUGGGGCAUGCUGCGAAUCCCACGACCACUUAUUAUGAUCCGGGCUUUCAGGAUUUAUUUCCGAUUUGAACUGCCGAGGACAAGAAUUACAAAUAUUUUAAAGCGGUCAGGAGAACAAAUUUGGAGUGUUUCGAUUUUCCUCCUUUUCUUCCUACUUCUGUAUGGAAUUUUAGGAGUUCAAAUGUUUGGAACAUUUACCUACCACUGUGUUGUGAAUGAUACAAAACCGGGGAAUGUGACCUGGAAUAGCUUAGCUAUUCCAGAUACACACUGCUCCCCAGAGCUGGAAGAAGGCUAUCAGUGCCCCCCAGGAUUUAAAUGCAUGGACCUAGAAGACCUGGGACUUAGCAGGCAAGAGCUGGGCUACAGUGGCUUUAAUGAGAUAGGCACGAGUAUAUUCACAGUCUAUGAGGCUUCGUCUCAGGAAGGCUGGGUGUUCCUCAUGUACAGAGCAAUCGACAGUUUCCCUCGCUGGCGUUCCUACUUCUAUUUCAUCACUCUGAUUUUCUUCCUUGCCUGGCUUGUUAAGAAUGUGUUUAUUGCCGUCAUCAUUGAGACCUUUGCCGAAAUCAGAGUACAAUUUCAGCAAAUGUGGGGAACUCGGAGCAGCACAACUUCCACUGCAACCACACAGAUGUUCCAUGAAGAUGCUUCUGGUGGCUGGCAGCUGGUAGCCGUGGAUGUCAACAAGCCCCAGGGACGAGCCCCAGCCUGCCUACAGAAAAUGAUGCGGUCAUCCGUUUUCCACAUGUUUAUUCUGAGCAUGGUGACUGUGGAUGUGAUAGUCGCAGCCAGCAACUACUACAAGGGAGAAAACUUCAGAAGACAGUAUGAUGAAUUCUACCUUGCAGAGGUGGCUUUUACAGUCCUUUUUGAUCUGGAAGCACUUCUAAAGAUAUGGUGCCUGGGAUUUACUGGCUACAUCAGCUCAUCUCUCCACAAGUUUGAACUCCUGCUUGUUAUUGGGACCACCCUCCAUGUGUAUCCAGAUCUUUAUCACUCUCAGUUCACAUACUUCCAGGUUCUUCGGGUAGUCCGGCUUAUUAAAAUUUCACCUGCAUUGGAAGACUUUGUGUAUAAGAUAUUUGGUCCUGGGAAGAAGCUUGGAAGCUUGGUGGUGUUCACUGCCAGUCUGUUGAUUGUCAUGUCAGCCAUCAGCCUGCAGAUGUUCUGCUUCGUUGAAGAACUGGACAGAUUCACCACGUUUCCAAGGGCAUUUAUGUCCAUGUUCCAGAUCCUGACCCAGGAAGGAUGGGUGGACGUGAUGGAUCAGACUCUGAAUGCCGUAGGACAUAUGUGGGCACCAGUGGUCGCCAUCUAUUUCAUACUCUACCAUCUGUUUGCAACUCUGAUCCUCCUGAGUUUGUUUGUUGCUGUUAUUUUGGACAACUUAGAACUUGAUGAAGAUCUAAAGAAGCUCAAACAAUUAAAGCAAAGCGAAGCAAAUGCGGACACGAAAGAAAAACUCCCUUUGCGCUUGAGAAUCUUUGAAAAAUUCCCAAACAGACCUCAAAUGGUGAAAAUCUCAAAACUUCCUUCAGAUUUUACAGUUCCUAAGAUCAGGGAAAGCUUCAUGAAGCAGUUCAUUGACCGCCAGCAACAGGACACCUGCUGUCUUUUCAGAAUCCUCCCUUCCACCUCUUCCUCAUCAUGUGAUAACCCCAAGCGGCCCACAGUCGAAGACAACAAGUACAUUGAUCAAAAACUCCGCAAGUCAGUUUUCAGCAUCAGGGCAAGGAACCUUCUGGAAAAGGAGACUGCGGUCACAAAAAUCUUAAGAGCUUGCACUCGACAGCGCAUGCUGAGCGGAUCAUUCGAGGGGCAGCCAGCAAAGGAGAGGUCAAUCCUGAGUGUGCAGCAUCACAUCCGCCAGGAACGCAGGUCACUAAGACAUGGAUCCAACAGCCAGAGGAUCAGCAGGGGCAAAUCUCUUGAAACUUUAACUCAAGACCACUCAAAUACAGUGCGAUACAGAAAUGCGCAAAGAGAAGACAGCGAGAUAAAGAUGAUUCAGGAGAAGAAGGAGCAAGCAGAGAUGAAAAGGAAAGUGCAAGAGGAGGAGCUUCGAGAGAACCACCCAUACUUCGACAAACCGCUCUUCAUCGUGGGUCGGGAGCACAGAUUCAGAAACUUCUGCCGCGUGGUGGUCCGAGCACGCUUCAAUGCAUCAAAAACAGACCCUGUCACGGGAGCUGUGAAAAACACAAAGUACCACCAGCUUUAUGAUUUGCUGGGACUGGUCACUUACCUGGACUGGGUCAUGAUCACCGUGACCAUCUGCUCCUGUAUUUCCAUGAUGUUUGAAUCUCCCUUCCGGAGAGUCAUGCACGCACCCACUUUACAGAUUGCUGAGUAUGUGUUUGUGAUAUUCAUGAGCAUUGAGCUUAAUCUGAAGAUUAUGGCAGAUGGCUUGUUUUUCACUCCUACCGCUGUCAUCAGGGACUUUGGUGGUGUCAUGGACAUAUUUAUCUAUCUUGUGAGCCUGAUAUUUCUUUGUUGGAUGCCCCAAAAUGUGCCUGCUGAGUCAGGAGCCCAGCUCCUGAUGGUGCUUCGGUGCCUAAGACCUCUGCGGAUAUUCAAACUGGUGCCCCAAAUGAGAAAAGUUGUUCGAGAACUUUUCAGUGGCUUCAAGGAAAUUUUUCUGGUCUCAAUUCUGUUGUUGACACUGAUGCUUGUUUUUGCAAGCUUUGGGGUCCAGCUCUUUGCUGGAAAGCUAGCCAAGUGCAACGAUCCCAACAUUAUCAGGAGGGAAGACUGCAAUGGCAUCUUCAGAAUAAAUGUAAGUGUAUCCAAGAAUUUAAACUUGAAAUUAAGACCCGGAGAGAAAAAGCCUGGAUUUUGGGUGCCACGUGUUUGGGCAAAUCCUCGGAACUUUAACUUUGACAACGUGGGAAAUGCCAUGCUGGCAUUGUUCGAAGUUCUGUCCUUGAAAGGCUGGGUAGAAGUGAGGGAUGUCAUUAUUCAUCGUGUGGGACCGAUCCAUGGAAUCUAUAUUCACGUUUUUGUAUUCCUGGGUUGCAUGAUUGGACUGACACUUUUUGUUGGUGUAGUUAUUGCUAACUUCAAUGAAAACAAGGGGACGGCUUUGCUGACAGUAGAUCAGAGAAGAUGGGAAGAUCUCAAGAGCAGACUGAAGAUCGCACAACCUCUUCAUCUCCCACCUCGGCCCGAUAAUGAUGGUUUCCGAGCUAAAAUGUAUGACAUAACCCAGCAUCCAUUUUUUAAGAGGACAAUCGCGUUGCUGGUUCUGGCCCAGUCUGUGUUGCUAUCGGUCAAGUGGGACGUCGAGGAUCCUGUGACCGUUCCUUUGGCAACAAUGUCAGUUGUCUUCACCUUCAUCUUUGUGUUAGAGGUUACCAUGAAGAUCAUAGCAAUGUCACCAGCUGGGUUCUGGCAGAGCAGGAGAAACAGAUAUGAUCUGUUGGUGACAUCUCUUGGUGUCGUGUGGGUGGUGCUUCACUUUGCUCUGCUGAAUGCAUACACCUACAUGAUGGGAGCCUGUGUGAUUGUCUUUAGAUUUUUCUCCAUCUGUGGAAAGCAUGUGACAUUAAAGAUGCUCCUUCUGACCGUGGUUGUCAGCAUGUACAAGAGCUUCUUUAUCAUCGUAGGGAUGUUCCUCUUGCUACUGUGCUAUGCCUUUGCUGGGGUUGUUCUUUUUGGUACCGUGAAAUAUGGAGAGAACAUUAACAGGCAUGCCAAUUUUUCUUCAGCUGGGAAAGCCAUUACUGUAUUGUUCCGAAUCGUCACAGGGGAAGACUGGAACAAGAUUAUGCAUGAUUGUAUGGUUCAGCCUCCGUUUUGUACUCCAGAUGAAUUUACAUACUGGGCCACAGACUGUGGCAAUUACGCAGGGGCACUGAUGUACUUCUGCUCAUUCUAUGUCAUCAUCGCCUACAUCAUGCUGAAUCUGCUUGUAGCCAUAAUUGUAGAGAAUUUCUCCUUAUUUUAUUCCACUGAAGAGGAUCAGCUUUUAAGUUACAAUGACCUUCGCCAUUUUCAAAUCAUAUGGAACAUGGUGGAUGAUAAGAGAGAGGGUGUAAUCCCCACCUUCCGAGUGAAGUUCCUGUUACGGCUGCUACGUGGAAGGCUGGAAGUGGACCUUGACAAAGACAAGCUCUUGUUUAAGCACAUGUGUUAUGAGAUGGAGAGGCUACACAAUGGUGGUGAUGUCACCUUCCACGAUGUCUUGAGCAUGCUCUCCUACCGUUCUGUGGACAUCAGGAAGAGCCUGCAGCUGGAGGAGCUGCUGGCAAGGGAACAGCUGGAGUACACCAUCGAGGAGGAGGUGGCUAAGCAGACCAUUCGCAUGUGGCUGAAGAAGUGCUUGAAACGCAUCAGGGCUAAACAGCAGCAGUCAUGCAGCAUCAUCCACAGCCUGAGGGAGAGCCAGCAGCAGGAGCUGAGCCGCUUUCUAAAUCCUCCCAGUAUCGAGACCACCCAGCCAAGUGAGGACACUAACGCCAAUAGCCAGGACCAGAAUACGCAACCUGAGACAAGCAGUCAGCAGCAACUCUUGAGCCCUACUCUAUCAGACAGAGGAGGCAGUCGACAGGAUGCAGCAGAUCCUGGGAAACCCCAAAGGAAGUUUGGACAAUGGCGUCUGCCCUCAGCUCCCAAACCAAUAAGCCAUUCGGUGUCUUCGGUUAACCUACGGUUUGGAGGAAGGACAGCCAUGAAGUCUGUGGUGUGCAAGAUGAACCCCAUGCCAGACACAGCUUCCUGUGGCUCCGAGGUUAAGAAGUGGUGGACCAGACAGCUGACUGUGGAGAGUGACGAGAGCGGAGAUGACCUCCUGGAUAUUUAGCCGGCGACCAAGACAAAGGAAAUCACAGGGUGAACACUGUUGUCUCGUACUUUCCUUCAUCAUUCAAAAAGCAAUCUGUAAUCGCUACAAAUUGAAUUUCACCUCGGUAGGGGAUCUUCUAAAUCGAUUUGUGUCCAUUUGUAGUGAUGGUCUAUCCAAGCAGUGUGGGCUGUGGAUUACUGUCAUGUAUUAUAGAUAAUUUGGGGCUGGGGAUAUAGGUCAGUGAAAGAUCACUUGCCCGACAUGUGCAAAGCCCUGUGUUUGAAUCACAGGAACACAAGAAAAAAAAUGUGUAUAUAAUGGCAAUGUUGUGAAUAUUAGAAACUGCAUCAGUAGCAGACAUAUCACAAACAUUCAUGUAUUCUUUCUGUGUAAGCUAAGGUGUAUUCCUAUGCACUCUUGUAUGUUAUAACUACUCCUCCCAAAGAGACCCACAGUCAUAGCACAGUGUUACAGUGUAGGUCACUUUUCCCCUCAUCUCCAAUAGAAAUGCUUCCCUUGGGAGAAAUUAUUUAUGGUUGAUCUGAAAAUGUCAGCACUGAGCUCAUGCUAAAAUGAUAGCAGCUUCAAAACCACAGAUUCAGAAUUUUAAAAGCAUAUUCUUUUUCUCAUGUUAUUUUUAAAAAUGUGCAUGAGCUGUUCAUAGAUAAGAGCAAUUUGAUUUCUGUCUCUGAGUACUCUAAUGAAAAUGUUGCCUGCUUCCAAGAAAGUUGUGUGUACAGGUCCCAGGUAAAGGAAUUGGCUCCAGAUGAUAAUUGGUGUAAAACAAACCAGUCGGCAGACAUGAGGGACAUGAGGAGAAAAAAAAAUACUCUGAAAUCUUGAAAAAUCCUUUGAAUAACUGAGUUUAGAAAACAGAAUGAAAGUGUUAGACUCAACUUAGUUAAAAGGUUUGCACUUGAGAGGUUAUGAACUUUAUGGCUUAUUCUUGUUGUGUACAUUUUGUUAUGAAUCGACAGGGACAUUAUGGGUUGGCUCUAAUACACAGUUGCAAUGCUAGAUUCAAAAUAAUUUCCCUGCUACCAGAAUUGCGUAUGGAAAAAAUAGAAAAGUGAAAUAAAACCCAAAAUGUCACUCUGAACCCAGUUUGGGAGUACCACAACUUAGUUGUGUUUUUCCCACACAUCAGUGGUUCAUGCCCUCAGGAGAAAUUAGAAACACAAAAUGAUUUGGAAGCACUAGUGGAUCCUAGGAUGGGAAGGGCCCUGAGUUGUCACUGUCAAUUUCAGAUUUGAUAUCCAGAUUAUUUUAAAAGGUUGAGUAUGGAAAAAAUUCUCUGGGUUGCUUUUAUGAUAUCCCUUUCUCCAUUUACCAUUCUUCAAAUAGCCAAACAUCAUGUUUUUUCUAUAUAAAUGAGUUGACAUUAUAUGAUCAUCUACCACUUAUAUGGUUACCUGUGCCUCUUAGAUAAUAGGCAAUUCAAGUUUGUGCAGCUGGGGAGGGGAAUUUUUAUUUGGUUUUAUGUUCAUUUGAAAUUUGAGUUUUGUACAUAAAAACAAAAUAAAUAUUGGCCUU